UCGAACGUUUAAAUGGGCAGGUUUGGAUAAACCCAUCUCUCAAAAACAGCGGAAGCAGUUUCUGUUCUGUUGUACAACGAAAUUGCAAUGUCUUGUUCAAUUCAUCAGCCAUGGCCAUCAUGCUCUUACUUGACUCCUCCACAGAAGCUUUCUGUUUCUUCUUCAAACCCUAAAUUCCAUAACAGAGUACGUUGUACACUUACAGAGUCUCUUGCAGAAGCAAACCCUAGCAGCACUGUUGAACCACUCCUCCUUCGUGCUGUUCGGGGAGAAACAGUGCAGAGGCCUCCUGUUUGGCUUAUGAGACAAGCUGGAAGAUAUAUGAAGAGUUAUCGAGAAUUAUGUGAGAAGUAUCCUAUGUUUCGUGAGAGGUCAGAAAAUGUUGAGCUUGCAGUCAGAAUCUCUUUGCAACCCUGGAAAUCUUUCAAACCAGAUGGAGUUAUUUUGUUCUCCGACAUUCUUACACCUUUGUCAGGAAUGAAUAUUCCUUUUGACAUUAUUAAAGGAAAAGGUCCAGUUAUUUUCAAUCCAAUCAAGACCUUGGGUGAUGUGGCUGAAGUGAGGGAGUUUGUUCCACAAGAAUCUGUGCCAUAUGUUGGUGAGACACUCUCAAUCUUGCAAGAAGAGGUAAAAAAUGAAGCCGCAGUUCUAGGAUUUGUAGGAGCUCCAUUUACACUGGCUUCUUAUGUCAUAGAAGGUGGCUCUUCUAAGCAUUUUGCAAAAAUAAAGCAAAUGGCAUUUCAAUCACCCAAGGUUCUCCAUGCAUUGCUGAAAAUAUUUGCAGAAUCUAUGGUAAAAUAUAUUCAAUAUCAAGCUGACAGUGGAGCUCAAGUGGUUCAGAUUUUUGAUUCCUGGGCAACAGAGCUUAGUCCAGUGGAUUUUGAAGAAUUCAGUCUUCCUUACUUGAAACACAUUGUGGAUUCUGUGAAAAGAACCCAUCCAAGCUUGCCUUUAAUUUUGUAUGCCAGUGGAUCUGGAGGAUUACUGGAAAGGCUUUACUUAUCUGGUGUUGAUGUUAUUAGUCUUGAUUGGAAGGUUGAUAUGGCAGAAGCUAGGAAAAGACUGGGAGAAAAUGUUGCAGUGCAGGGAAAUGUGGAUCCUGGUGCACUUUUUGGAUCAAAAGAUUUUAUCAAAAAACGAAUUUAUGAUACAGUGGCUAAAGCUGGGAGAAACAAACAUGUCCUUAAUCUAGGGCAUGGUGUGUUGGUUGGUACACCAGAGGAGAAUGUUGCACAUUUUUUUGAAGUAGCAAAAGGAAUUACAUAUUAGCCAGUGGAAGAAUCAUAUCUUAUCAAAAUCAGUAAUGUUGCAUGCUAUGUAUCAUCCGGUUAUUCCAUUCCAUGCCCAAGAGAAGCCAAUUCGAAUUCACACAGUUUCUAGUACGCUUGGCUAAUCUAAUAGACUCCAUGAUUAUUGUACAAUUCUGGUGAUUGUUUCAGCAUUCUUUUUAAGCAGAGGUCCAAUACUGUGGGGAUUGGAGAGAGAAGAAAGUUUCCCUGCUUACUGCACAAUUCAAAUCUACAAUUGACAUUGAUUUUCAGUGCCAUCGAGAGCAGUAUCAUUCCAAUCUCCAUUAUAACUCAGAAUUCUCUAGUGAUGGAUUUCAUAAACAUUUUCUUCGUUUCAUCUUACAGUUCCAGAGAACCAGGGCUUUAUACUAGACCCAGUGUAGUUUUUAUUUUAAAGGUGAAAAACUGACAUGUAUGAGUUGCCCAACACUUGUAAUUUGUUAUCUCAGAAGUGGUUAAAAUUUGUUACGGUAUGGGUAGACUCAUUUUGUAAUACGUUAAUGUCUUUAUACAAGUUGCAUUCACCAUUUUCUAA